CAUUGCGUGGAGAGUUAUUGGGCGCAAGGAUAGUAUGCUCAGUGUUUUAGCUUCGCAAUGGAGUGCGCUGUCAGUUUCGCUAUCUCUAGCUAUUAUGUCUAAAGGAGCGCGCUACCUCGUCGGAGCAUGCUAUGGUAUAAAUCCAUUAAGUAGGGAAGAAAAUGCUUCUGGGGUUGUCUUCCAGUCUCAGUAAGAUAGCUUUGUUAGCGAAAACAACCAGCACUAAGACAUGUCAGCCAGCCAAGGCAAGUGAACAACUCCCAAUUGAGGUGACUUUGCGGGCUCGUGUGCUGCGUUCUAUCAGAGGUGCCGAGAGAGGUCGUCAGGCUCUGCUGUGUCCAGGUGUGUUGGAGCGCGACCAUCAAACCUUCGAAAUUUUGGCGGCGAACAACCGCUUCCGAGUCAGCACUCAAUGCAACGACGACAACCUCAGACCGCUUUAGAGAUAGCAGCUCGUAUGUCACAUUCAUACACAGAUCCCGAUUAGGUUGUUAAUCAGAGAAACUGCUAGACCCAAGACGGAUUAGCUGCAUA